GAGUUAGAUUAGUUGGAGCGUGAUGGUGCCGAGAUGAACCAAGAGGGCGGACGGUCCAGAUUACAUCCAGUGGACCAGACUACCUCUCCUCUCCUCGGCUGGGCAGCGCUCCAAGAACCUAGCCCUCUUCCAUCCGAGGUGCCCAGAUCCGCCUGGAUUGAGAGGCAGGAGAUGGGGCAGGCCUUCCGCAAGCUCUUCGACGCCUUCUUCGGCAACAAGGAGAUGCGGGUGGUGAUGCUUGGGUUGGAUGCAGCUGGUAAAACAACCAUACUCUAUAAGCUGCACAUUGGCGAAGUUCUCUCCACCGUCCCUACCAUAGGUUUCAAUGUCGAGAAGGUUCAGUACAAGAAUGUAGUGUUCACUGUGUGGGAUGUUGGUGGCCAAGAGAAACUGAGGCCCUUGUGGAGGCACUACUUCAACAACACCGAUGCUCUGAUUUACGUGGUUGAUUCAUUGGAUAGAGAUAGGAUCGGAAGAGCUAGAGCAGAGUUUCAGGCUAUAAUCAAUGACCCUUUUAUGCUUAACAGUGUCAUAUUGGUGUUUGCUAACAAGCAAGACAUGAGGGGAGCAAUGACUCCAAUGGAAGUGUGCGAGGGUCUUGGACUGUAUGACCUGACUAACCGCAUCUGGCACAUCCAGGGCACAUGUGCUCUGAAAGGUGAUGGCCUGUAUGAAGGGUUGGACUGGUUAGCGACUAGUCUGGACGAAAUGCGAGCUGCUGGACGGAUAACCUCAACAUCGUCAUCAUCCUGAGCCUGAGCUUUAACAGGAGGAACAGACCAUUUGAUCCUCGUGAUAGGCUGAUUGAAGGAUGAUCUGUGGAUGUUUUCUCUUCUUUUUUGUGUUGCCCCUAUUGUUGUUGGCUUCCUGCUGUGAUGGUGGGUGGCAAAGCUUGGUUCACAAAGUGGUGGUAGUAUUUGGUGAUGAGGUGCGUUUAUGAAGAGAAUCUGAGCUUAUUAUGAAUACGUGUCUGUUAGAGUCGAAAGUGCAUCAUCAUGAUGGUCCAUCGUGUGUGGGAGUGAUUGUAAAUACAUCCACUGAUGACAUGACGCACCUGUGGCUCGAUUAGUUUGAAUCUGAAGAAAUGGAAUGGAAUCCCCAUUUGCCGCCUGACGGCCAUGGAUGGAUCGUUUUGGUUA